UAUUAGACUAAUGUAAAGUAAUAAAAAUAAAAAUAAAGUGUGUAAAUUAAAAUAUGAAAUUAUUUGAUCGUCUAGCUCAUGCACUAGGAUUGAAGAAAAAAGAAGUUAAUGUUUUAGUUGUCGGACUCAAUAAUAGUGGUAAGUCAACGGUGAUAAAUCAAUUCAAACGCGAGGACGACAGGUGCAUAGACAUUGUGCCUACUGUUGGAUUUAAUAUAAAAUAUUUUUUUUUGUUUUCAGUUAAAAAUGUCCACUUUACAGCAUUCGAUAUGUCGGGGCAUGACCGAUAUCGAUCAUUAUGGGAGCAUUAUUACAAAGAAUGUCAAGGAAUUAUUUUUAUUAUUGAUAGUAGCGAUAAAUUACGACUUGUUGUUGUUAAAGAAGAGCUAGACAUGUUACUUCAACAUCCAGAUAUUGUUGGACGAAAAAUUCCAAUGUUAUUUUUAGCAAACAAAAUGGAUUUGCCGGAUUCAUUAACAACUGUUAAACUUGUGGCGGCUCUUGGACUUGACAGAAUUCAUAAUAAACCCUGGCACAUACGAGCUACAAAUGCCGUUACUGGAGAAGGAUUACAAUCAGCUAUUGAAUGGCUUACUGAUCAAAUUCGUGACAUUUAUAUAAACAAAAAAAGAUAAUAUAAUUUGUAUCUACU